CCGAAGCGUUAAUUGUUUUAUAGUCAGUUAAAUUACGCCAUCGCAAUGAACAAGUUGUUUUCGCUAGCUUGGGUGUGUUCCUGUAUCCCAGCUAUAAUCUCGGGAGCAGACUUACCUGAAGGCGUUGAAAAGUGCCAUUACGCAGACUCCACCUGUAUUAUUAGGUCUAUCAAUGCGUUGAUCAAGAGCUACCCCAUGGGCAUUCCAGAAAUUGGCCUACCGCCACUGGAUGCCUACUACUUUCCGGACUUUUCCCUUCUGGAAUCGUCGGAUCGCGGGCCCAUCUGGAUAAACUUUCGAAUGCGGGACAAUGUGAACAAGGGUUUCAAUAACGCCACAAUAACCCACGUGGAGGGAUUUCUGCGUGAGCCCAACCAGAAGCAGAUCGUUCUGACAGCCCGCCUGCCACGACUCCUGCACGAGGCCACCUACGACAUGGAGGGCAAGUUCCUCCACUUCGCCUUCAACACCACUGGUCGGCUGUCGAGCGACCACCAAAACUUUCGCAUCACCCUGACCAUCAAGACGUUGGUGGAGUACAGGAAUGGCAAGCGCUAUCUGAAGAUUUACAAUCUGAAGCCCAAGAUGGACUUGGACCGCUGGAUCAUCUGGUUAGAUGACCUGUACAAGGAAAACAUGGACGUGACUAUUUUAAUGAAUAAGGUGCUCAACGACAACUGGGUGGAGUGCUGGAAUGAGUUGCAGCCCAGCAUAGCCGAACUUUUCACCACAUCGUUUACUGUCCUUUUGAACAAGGUGUUUGAGAAUGUUGCCUACGACGACAUGUUUCUCAAUGAUCUGGAUAUAAGAUCAUCAAACUAAGCUAUUUUAAUUCUUAUGAUUUAUUUCAAGAGUGUGAGAACUCGUCUUGAUGAAUAGUUUCAGUUCAUGCAAAGCUUGCUAAUAUCCUGGCCAAUAAAUUAGCAUUUAUUUAGA